CGAGCCUCCACCGUCUUCGAGUAAUAGUACGACUCAAUGGCAGGUUAACCGUUGUUACCCUCUUUUUAGCACGAUGCAUUCCAUUAGCUCACCGAUUGCAUUUUAUCAGGCAAUCUUCUUACCUCGUUCCACUCUAUUUUGAAAGAGCACGUUGCAGAUCUUCUUACGUGUCUUGUAUCACUUUCUGUACGGAAAACGAUCGAGCAUUAAAAAGAAAAAGAUAGAGCGAGGGAAAGAGAGAGAGAGAGAGGGUGAGAGAGGGUACAGAAAGUGCAGCUGACAAGAGCGUAUCCCAAUCCAAUCAUAACCUCAACCGUGUAGCGUGUUUAGUAAACAACUCUGCACGCCAGUGAUAUUACUGACAAUUUAUUUCGUUCACGAUGUUCGAGGCGCACAGUAUCAAUGCGGAGCACAAAGAUCUCAUACACGACAUCGCCUACGAUUACUAUGGGGAGCGAAUGGCAACGUGUUCCAGUGAUCAAUUUGUUAAGGUUUGGGACGAGGACGAACACGGGAACUGGCACUUAACCGCGUCGUGGAAGGCUCACAGCGGUUCGGUGUGGAAAGUCACUUGGGCACACCCGGAAUUCGGCCAGGUUCUCGCUACGUGCUCCUUCGAUCGCACUGCUGCUGUUUGGGAAGAGAUCGUUGGUGAAGGUUCCGGCCCAGAGGCUCGUGGCAGCAAGCAUUGGAUCAAGAGAACGAACCUCGUCGACUCACGUACUUCCGUCACGGACGUAAAGUUCGCACCAAAGACUCUAGGCCUGCUGUUGGCCACCUGUAGCGCCGAUGGAUUUAUUCGAAUAUACGAGGCACCGGACAUCAUGAAUCUGAGUCAGUGGACGUUACAACAUGACAUCAACUGUAAACUCUCAUGUAGUUGCCUCACGUGGAAUCCAUCUUUCUCGAGGUUGCAUCCGCCCAUGAUAGCGGUCGGUAGCGAUGACACGAACACAAUGAACGGUGCGAAGGUCUUCAUUUACGAGUAUUCCGAGAGCAGUAGACGUUGGAUGAAAGCCGAGACGCUGUCGGGCGUUACGGACGCCGUUCACGACAUCGCGUUCGCGCCGAAUUUAGGUCGAAAUUUCCACACCCUAGCCAUAGCUACGAAAGACGUACGAAUAGUCACUCUGAAACCGACGGGGGACAGCACGCAGCACGGUGUGUCGCGCUUCGAGACGAACGUGGUCGCGCAGUUCGACGAUCACUACUGCACCGUGUGGCGCGUCUGCUGGAACUUCAUGGGAACCAUUCUAGCGAGCUCCGGCGACGACGGUUGCGUCCGACUGUGGAAGGAUAACUUUAUUAAUCACUGGAAAUGUAUUUCUGUGCUUAAGGGAGACGGUACUCCGGUCCAGGGUGCCGAGACCCCCGUCCUGGCGACACCGCCGAACUCGUCCACGCCGGCUCAGCAGCCGCUGUCUACCACCAGGGCCGUAAGCGCAGCCACAGUCACGGCGGAGAAGCCGAUAGCAGUAACGAUGUCCAGUAACAAGUGGCAACCGCCCGUAAUUAAGGGACGCUUUAGUAAAUCCGUGUGGCUGGGCAAUCCCAGCGAGCCGACGCCGCCGCCGCCGCCGAAUAUAGAAUACUUGAAGGCGAAGAAGUAAUUGCGGAUUAUCGCGAUUCGGACUGAGUCGGACGAUUUAGUAUUAUUCGGAGUACAAGCACGGCAUCCUUUAUGUCAGUUCUGAUUUUAAAUCGAUUGUGAUAACGCGUAAUCUCAGAGUAGUUUAUGCGCAGUUUAUGCGGAAUUAAAAUGCGAAAUUGUUUUUUCGGUCGUCUUGUCAAUUUGUCUUUCCAUAGUGAUAUGAUAUGUCCUGUGGAUCGUAUCGAUAAGCACGGAUUGUGAUAACGCAGUUGUUUGAUAUAUCGAGAGCUAUGUAUAUAUAUAUAUAUAUAUAUAUAUAUAUAUACAUGUAUAGACUUGAUUAACCAUGCAAUUGAUUUUCGGCGAAAUAUUUAUAUAUUUUUUAUACUUUCUUUUUUUAUUGAUUUCUCUAAGAUUAAGUGAUUUUACAUAAUUUCGCAUUGGCGAGGAAGCUCUCCUAUUUUUGUAAAAUUUUUUUGUUUCGAUACAUUAUUUCGAUACAUAUGUUUUUAGGAAUUUGGUUGAAAUUAUUGAGUUAUUUUUAUCUUCAAGUACUGCAUGUGUACGUUGAUUUUUGCUCGAGGGCGUUGUAACUGGCCAUAUAACGCUAAAAUUACAGAUAAAAUUACGUAAGCACGUGAUAUGCCUUUUCAAAUUUUGUUAUAUAUUUUUUUAAAUGUAUAAAUCGAUGAUCGGUACUUAUUGUACAAUGAAAAUAAAAUGUUUAGUUCACAGAA